UUCCGUUCCCACAAAUACCAUUGUUUCAUUUUCGGGGUCUCGUCACAAAAUAGGGAAAGGGGGUGGUCAUGAUGUGGUUCCUAGCCGCCUUUCUUUUCCUCUGAGAGAAAUAAAUACUAGAUUUCCUUCUCUUUUCUUUUUUCAGGUAAACGCCGCUGGUCUUACUCUAGUCCUUGCUAAUUCCUGGAGGCAGAAGGAGAAGGGUGGGGGGAGGGGAGAUCGAUCGGUCGUCAUGGUGAGGGGGAAGACACAGAUGAAGCGGAUAGAGAACGCGACGAGCCGGCAGGUGACCUUCUCCAAGCGGAGGAGCGGGCUGCUGAAGAAGGCCCUGGAGCUGUCGGUGCUUUGCGACGUCGAGGUCGCGCUCAUCAUCUUCUCUUCCCGGGGGAAGCUCCACCAGUUCUCCAGCUCCAGCAUGCAAAGCACCAUCGAGCGUUACAGAGAACACUCGAAGGAAGAUACCAGCAGCACGACCAUGGAACAAGACGCCGAGCAAUGGAAAAACGAAGCAUCAUUCAUCUCGAAGAAGAUUGAAGUACUUGAAGCCUCUAAGCAGAAGCUCUUGGGUGAAAAACUAGAGUCGUGCUCAUUAGAGGAACUGCAUGAAUUAGAAGGCACGAUAGAGCAGAGCUUGCGCAGUAUCAGAGGGAGAAAGCAUCAUUUGCUAAGCGAGAAAAUUUCACAGCUAAAAGAGAAGGAGAGUUCCUUAGUGAAGGAAAAUUCAUUGCUACGUGAAAAGUGCAAGCUACUGCCGGGGUUGCCAUCUGCUGCUUCCAAGGAAGUUGUACCAUCCACCAACCUUGACCAACAUACUGAGGUAGAGACGGAGCUGCGCAUUGGAUUUCCAGGAAGAAAGACCCAUGGGAUGUAGCAAUGUUUAAUUGACCUCUCGGAUCUGUAAAUUUAUUGACUUUUGUAUAAAAUUCAGUGACAUACAUAUGAUGCUGGGCACAAUAGGGAGAAAUAACUAUCUGCCGAAAAAAUUCUUAUUGUUAUUUUUCUCUAUUGAGUGAAAUAAGAAAAAUUAGAUUUCCUG